AUGCUGGGACAAGGAGCACUUCUCCUGGCGCUCGGAGCCACUGGCGCCGUCGGACAGGGGCUUAUGUGGCUCAAUUCGACGGAUACGUACGGUUGCGCCGAGCACAACGCGCCCGAGGCGAGGUGCGGCAGUCAACUAUACUGCGAAGCGUACGUUAGGGACACAAACGGAGAAGCGCUGUACCCCGACAACGACAAGGCAUACGACAGCCGAGCGGCGUGCUAUCUGGAUCGGGGUCGAGCCUGGCGACUGUUGGACCCUUGCCUCACGGAGCGCGAUAAGCGGCUCGGUUGUAUGCCGCUGGAGCCUUGGCGCCGACCUGAUGUCACCUGCACGAAAGCUCAAUGCGACCCGAACAACGGAAUCAUCAAAAACUAUCACCGCGUCUGUGGCACCGAGAAUUACUGUGCCCUCUUCAACCGAGACGAUGUUCGCAAAAACCCAGACACUCCGUUCAGUGGCACGAUCGACUGUCUCAUUCAUCAUGAGGACAAUGAGGGCAGGCAUACAUUGCAACGAGGCGAUAGGCAGUUCCUGCGAAGUUCUUGUUCCUACAGGUUUGAUGUCACCAACGAGUUCUUGGUCGGAACGAUCAAGUACUGUGCCGGCUUUUCGCAUCCUUUCUAUCCUCUGAACAGCAGGAUCAGGCGCAUGGAGCAAUAUCCGAACGAAAGAGCUUGUCUUCUGGAUCGCGUUGCCCCGGGAGACUCGGAUUCGAAUGACGGGUGCCUUCCCCAGGGCAUCAGGAAGAACGACAACGCAUGCGAGAAUGAUCCGGAGUGGACGCUGGCAAAGCUCGAGGAGACCAAGCCUCCUCAGCGUCAAUGGUAUACAGGGCCGACAUGUUACAUGUACGAGGGACAACGCAUUUGCCGGUAA